CACACUGCAAUGAGCAAACAUUGUGCUUCUGAGUUCUCAUUUAUUUAACAUGGAACUGAAUGAAGACCAAAAGGAGCAGCACUUUAUUGUAAUAAGAAAGACUAAGAAGGGCUUAAGUCGGGGGACUAUUGGGUGCGCAGAUGCAGAGACACCAGCAGAAGAUCUCAUCGGAGUGGUUUAUGGAGGUGGUGGUAGAGUGAAGAGUAGUGGCACGGUGAAGAAGGAGGACAUAUACCUACUCUCACAGCAUCAGGCUCAGCUACUUUUGUUCGUUUCUCCUGCCAGCAAGCGACUGGAGCUCCUGUGCAAUGUUCAGCUCUUCAGUGCAAUCUGUGACCUUGCUCAGGAUGAUCUCGUGGUGGUCAGAUACAAGAAGGGCUUUCAACCAUGUCUAGUCAAGAAUCUGAUGCAAACAGGCAAGAAAGACAAUGCAGGGGGCUUGCAGAUGCUGGGAUUUGAGCUGGAGUUAGUGGACAAUGAGCAAGAUAUUUUGACAAAGAAGCCUUCCCCUCUGCCCUUGUUCAGUGCAGCUGACAUUGUCCAGGUGGCUCCGUCACAUUUAAACACCAGGCAACCACUGAGAGAUGGCCUUGCUUUGGGCUUGAAAGCUGUGUCUCACAUCAAUUCUAUGCCAGCUCUCAACUCACGCAAUGCAAGAAAAGGAAGUACACUCUCCAAACAGUUUAUGUCCAUUCAGGCCUUGUCCGAUUAUUCGUUAGAGGUGGGAUCCAUGGUGGAGGUCAUAACUGGGAAUGGCCUGACCAUAUAUGGGGUUAUCAGGUGGAUUGGAGUUCCAGAAAGAAAGAAAAAUUGCUGGGUGGGACUUGAGCUGGAAAAUGAGAUGACAACUUGUUCAGAUGGGAUGUUUGGUACAAAGCAGUAUUUCACCUGUCAAGGAAACAGAGCAUUGUUUGUGCCCUUGAACAAUUGCAAGCCGGACAGUAGGUUUCUGUUGACUUUGACCGAGAUCCCGAAACCACCUGAAACACCCUCAAUCACACUCCUGGAAGAUUUAAAUGAAGAUGUUCCCCCUGUUGCUGAGCCAGAAGUAUUGUCUCGUCUGGUGGGCAGAAUGAAGGGAAUCCAAGGUCAGUUGAAUUCCUGCUAUCUCGAUGCCACGCUUUUCAGUCUUUUCACAUCAUCUGUAGCAUUUGACAGAGUAUUAAACAAAUCGGCAGAUAAAGAGGAAGACAUUUCACGCAUUUUAAGACGGGAUAUUGUGAACUGUUUACGCAGAUCUGGUUUUGUUCCAGCAGAAAGUGUAAUGCACUUUCGUAAACAGCUUGGCUGCAAGUCAUUUGCCACAGAAGAGAAAGAUACAGAGGAGUUCAUCACCAUCCUACUAAAGCAUGUUUUACACAUAGAGCCAUUGCUUAAAAUCAGGUCACAUGGAGAGUCAUCACGGGAUGCCUAUAUGCAUCAGAUCAUCGUAGAAAAGAAUCAGGUGGGAGCAGUGCCUUCAGUUCAACAGCUGCUUGAGACCUCUUUUGUGACUUGUGAUCUCAAAUUCACAGAGAUUCCAUCUUGCCUGAUAGUUCAGAUGCCACGGUACGGAAAGAAGUUCAAGAUGUUUUCUAAAAUCAUUCCCUCAACAGAGCUGGACAUCACAGACAUUUUGCAUUGUGCCCCCGGAGAGUGUUUUCUAUGUGGCCAUCUAGCGGAAUAUGAGUGUGCCCAGUGCUUGACGGACCGUAAGCUUCAACCGGGCAGAAUCAAGCAGUACUGCUCCACCUGCAACACACAGGUUCACAUGCAUCCCUCCCGACAGGGACACAUUCCUCACAAACUUACAGUCCCUGAUCAUCUUCCAGCAAAUGCACCUGUACAGAGGCACCAGAUGAAGCUCUUUGCAGUUAUUUGUAUUAAAACCAGCCAUUAUGUCUCUUUUGUCAAAUACGGCCCUGACCCACGAUCAUGGAUCUUCUUUGAUAGCAUGGCUGACCGAUGUGGGGAUGAUAACAAUGGAUACAAUAUUCCGGUGAUUAUGGCCUGCCCUGAGGUUGGAGACUUUCUUUCCCAGUCUGAAGAGGAGCUCUCCUCAGCUGAUCUGAAUCAGUGCACUGAGUUGGUGCGCAGACUGCUGUGCGAUUCAUACAUGUGUCUAUAUGAAAUCACAGAUAAUAACCCUCAGCAUCAUGGAUGAGCUGAGACUGUUUCCAUUAUAGUCUUAUGAUGUAUUUGGACUGCUGUGUGUGUCCAAGCUAUAUCUCUUGUGUCAUUACAUCAACAUAGUUCCAGCUAAGGCAUUUUAUCAGGCAGCUAUAUACACUUUUGAUACUGAUUUAAAGGUUUGGGAAGGAGACAUAUUAAAAGGAAAAAUUUUAUUUUAUUUUUAUAUGACAAAAAGAAUCAGGAUGUUAUUUGAAGGUUCAUUAUGAUUACAUGGCUUAUUAUUUAGAUUAUUUAUUUGUAAUAGAAGCUGUUUUUAUUUGUAUUAAAUAAAACUUAU